CUCUCACUCAAGCAGAUGAAACGGCAGAAACCAGUCUUGCGCAUGCCAUUAUUCAAUCCGCCUGGAUUUCUCCUCUGCUCCUGUUCUUUCUUUCCAUCCAAUGCACAUAAAUACAGUGCAUAGCUUCUCGCCUACAAUUUGGAACUCAGCUUCCUUUUCCCCGUAGUCCUUUUCUUUUUCUGGUCAUCUUUAGCUAGACACACAAGGUCUGUCCAAAGCCCUAGCUAACUCUCACUUACUCCCACUUACUCUCCCUCUCUCCUUGUUGCCCAGAUUUCUCCUUCCACCAUGACUUCAGUCAACAAUACCCCAAGUCAAGCCGAUAGCAAGGCUAGCUCAGUACAGAAAGACGUCCCUGGAAACGACGUACCGGCCGAGUCUCCCGAUGCGCUUCCCAACUCGAGCACCAUCCCAUCCCACCCGAUCCACGAUCCAACACAGACCCGAAUCGGCGCUCAAGGGGCCUUGCACGACACGGCACGGCCCGACCAGAACACCACGCACCAAGCCCGAGAGGAUACAUCCCAAAACAUACUUCAGACUCUGCAGUCGCUUGGUACUGUUGUUCCUGAAUGUGUGGCUGCCAAGGUUGCAGCCACCUAUAACGGAAUGCGGCCAAUGGAAAGAUUUCUGGUUGAGACUUGCGCUAAGGACGGAUCAGUGUCCGCAGCGGAAACAACUGGUGAGGGGGAGACUUCGUCUAGCUGUCAGGCAACUGUUGCACUCUCGGAUACGGAUGCGGCGAAUAUGACCUGCAAGUCAGUGAGCUACAUGCAUAGUGACGGUGAGAGCGAGCAGCCCUACCAAGUGUACGACCCGUUCGUGGGGUAG